AUACAACCAUCCGGAGGAAAACAACAACAACCGGAGCGAUAAAACAAGCCCAAGUUCUGCCGCAGACGCGCGUACGUCCCAUUCCAGCGAUGAUUCCCUGAGCUCGUCCCAUGGAGAAGAAGUCCUGCAGUGUAUUCCUGCAGCCCGGCGCUCCGGUCAUGUCCUUCGUCCCGCCAGAGAGUUCCCAGCCCGUGUGCGAUUGGCUGAGUGGCCUCCGGCUCGACCAGUACUGCCCGGCCUUCCGGGAGGCGGGGCUGGGAACGCUGUGGGAGUGUCAGGAUCUAAGCUCCGCCCAGCUGCAGCGGAUGGGCGUGGCUCUGCCCGGCCACAGGAAGCGGAUCCUCGGCAGCCUGCGCAAGCUCCUCCCCUCGGCGGCGGGAACGGAGGAGGACGAGGAGCGAGAGGAGGACAGGCCCGUCGUCCGAGAGAGGACCAAAUUCAGAGUGUCGGAAAACAGUGUCGCAGGUAGACGCCCGCCUCCCGUCCCUCCUCGAGUCACGCCCAAUCGACCCCCCGUUCCCUUCACGCCUGGAUCGGUAACCAUGGUGACCGCUCCUGAGCCUAUCAGCCUCCCUGAACAAAAGGAAACGCCCACACCUGCCGAACAAACCAAGCCCAUCCCAACUCCCAGGCCACGCCCAGAACACCUGCCUCUUAAAGGGCCGGCGCAGCAACUCCAGACGAGCGAGAGGAAACCAUCUCCUGUGUCUCCCUCUUCCUCCUCCUCCUCCUCCUCCUCAUCAUCGGAGCGCUUCCACCUGUAUGAACAGUGUUCGUCUCCUGCUCAGGGAGAAGCGGGCGCUCCUCCUCUUCCUCCUAAGAGCUACGCCGUGGGCGUCUCUAAAGAGCCCAGAGAUGGCCUGUACAGACCCCCUGUUCCACCGCCUCGUGUCUCCGUCUGCUCCAGAACUACGAAUCCCAGAAGCACGUCAUCCGGAAGCCCGCCCAUGUCCAGCGCUCCUGUAGAUGAUCCGUCAGACACGGAUCGAGUCCCAGACGUCCCGCCUCGGAUCAUCAGACCUCCGAACGAGAGCCAAAGGAGAGACGUCCCACCGCCGCCGAACACAAACAAGUUGGAUUCAGAUGAAAGUUCAGAUGAAUAUGACGAGCGCGAGCUCAGCAGAGACGCUAAACUCAUAGACAUGGCCAGCAAGAUGUCCUUGAUGGUUCCCAAGGCGACGAAACCCCGUUACAGCAGCCUGUGCAGCGACGACGAGCUACUAGACGAUGACACCAUCUCUUACGAAUCUGUGUCCCUGAAACGGAGUUCAUGGAUCGAAGAUUUGGGUUCGAUCUCCGGCUCUCAGAGCAGCAUCUACCUGCCAAUCACAGGCCACGUCAGUGCUCCGCCCCCUCGGGAAGACCCCGCCUCCACCAGCGUCCCCGUGAUUAAAGUGGGCUGGCUGGACAAGAAUCCUCCUCAGGGGUGUCUGAUAUACCAGCGCCGCUGGGUCAAACUGGAUGCUGAAUACCUGAGAUACUUCGACACUGAGAAGGACGUCUACUCGAAGAGGAUCAUACCUACAGUGUCCAUCACCGGCGUGGUCAACGUGGGAGAGCAGAAGUUUGAAGUGGUGACGCACAAUCGCACUUUCCUGUUCCGAGCCGAGAGCGACUGUGAGUGUUCAGACUGUGUGUGUGUGUGUUGUUUAAAGCACAUGAUUAGGAGCUACGAGAUGAAGGGUUACCUGGAGCUGCGCGGCCUGCGCUCUAAACUUUACACGGUGGUGUGUGCGGAUAAAGUCUUCCUCUACAAAAACACAGAGGAUUAUCGUCUGGGAAUCGGCAUCACCUCGAUCGAUAUGAAUGUUGGUAAUGUGAAGGAAGUGGAUCGGAGAGCGUUUGAUCUGACCACACCGUACCGCAUAUUCAGUUUCGUAGCGGAUACGGAUCAGCUGAAGGAUCAGUGGGUGGAGGCCAUGCGCAACUCUAUCGCAGAGGCCUUGUCCAAUUACGAAGUGGCUGAGCGGAUCUGGGCGGAGCCGUCCAAUCAGAUGUGUGCCGACUGCAGCGCUGCCAAACCUGAGUGGGCCGCCAUCAACCUGACUGUGGUUUUCUGCAAGCGAUGUGCAGGAGAGCAUCGCGGUCUCGGCCCGAGCAUAUCUAAAGUACGCAGUCUCAAAAUGGACAAGAAGGUCUGGAGCGAAGAUCUCAUCCAGCUGUUCCUCGCUCUAGGAAACGAACGAACCAAUCAGUUUUGGGCGGCGAACGUCCCGCCCAGCGAGGCCUUGACCCUGAAUAGCAGCAGCGAGGAGCGACGUCGCUUCAUCACGGCAAAAUACCGCGAGGGCAAAUACCGCCGAUAUCACCCGCUGUUCGGAAACCAGCGAGAACUCAAUAACGUGAAACUCCCGAGGUCAGAGGUGAAGGUCGCCAUAGACAGGGUGCACUACAUGGCCCCGCCCUCCGUCACGCAUAAUGGGUUUCUAUUUAAGACCGCCUCCAUGGCUCGACCAAUCACAGAGAAGAAGGGGAAAGAAGAGUUCAGUCGGCGCUGGUGUGUGCUGAAUGACGGGAAUUUUAGCUACUAUGAAAGUGACAAAAACGCUACUCCGAACGGAGGACUGAAGAUGAAGGAGAUCGUCUGUCUGGCUGUCAACGCUCCCGAGACUCAUGGGUACGAUCACACGUUUGAGCUGUACUCGGAUGCCGAGCGCUUGUAUCUGUUCGGCACUGAUAAUCCCGAGACCAUGGGCGAGUGGGUCAAAUCCAUCGCAAAGUCAUUCAUUCCCGCGGCUGCGGAGGAUCUGUUACUGAAGGACUUCGAGCGCAUCGGCCGGCUGCGUUAUAAAGACAGACUGAACCGGGAGAUGUCGAGACUGGGCUGGUUCUGUCUGGUGGGGUCCAGCCUGCACAUCCGGCUGGAGGAGCACACCGCAGACGAGACCAUCGACCUGCAGAAGCUCAUGGAGCUCUCGAUCCAGCCGGAGAAUGAGGUUCUGGUUCUGGUGGAGCGAGGCAGGACGCUGUACAUCGAGGGCGAGAGGAAGCUGGAUUUCCAGGGCUGGGCGGCAGCCAUCCAGAGGGCUGCUGGGAGUUCUGGAGACACACUGAGUCAGCAGCAGCUGACGGAGGCCGACAUUCCCGUGAUCGUGGAGCGCUGCAUUCAUUUCACCACUCAAUACG